AUUAAUUAGUUAUAGUGUUCACAAAAUUAAUAAAAUCAUGAAUAGUUCAAUAAAACAUCAACAUAAGCAAGUUUCUCAACAAAAAGAAAUUUCUCAACAGGAAGAAAUUUCUUCUACCAUAGUUAACAAUAUCAAGCCACAAAAAACUAAUUAUAAAAAAUAUUUAACAGAUUUCGUUGAAUACGCAAAUGAAGGAAUCCAUUCCUCAAUAAAUUCCCUUCAAUCCAUUAAUAUUACACAAAAAAUUUCUCAUAUUUAUGAAAUGCCAUCAUCAUUUAUAUUACCAGAUGAUGAUCUAUUCGCCCCUACAGUAAAAAAAUUCUUAGAAGAUUAUACAUUAGAUGAUAUUUAUCAUAAUAUUAAUAAAUAUGGUAUAAAAAAAGAAUUAGAAAUAAAAGGUUAUAAAGAUAUUGUUAUUAGUUUUGAUACUUCCGAUUAUUUUGUACAUAAAUUAAGCUUAACUGAUAAAUCAUUAUUGAAUUUUACUUCCACAAUUAAAAGUAUUAAUGGCCAAUUUUUAAUUAAUUUAUUUAUAAGAAAAAAAAAGUUCAUCUUAAGUGAUUUUAAAACCUAUCAAAUUUUAAGAAGAAUUGAAACUUUUAAUGAAAAUGAUGAAGAAGAUAAUUUUAUUAAAAAUAUCAAAUAUAUUAACGGCUUUGGUGCUAUGGAAGUUUAUAAAUUUAUGGAAAGCCAAUUAAAUGAUAAAUAUUCAUUAUAUUUAAUUGAAUGGAUUUGUAUGCAAGAUCCAUGUAGUAAAUUUUCUCAAAACAGACCACAAUUUCCAGGUCAAAAUUAUCCUGGCUUAAGAAUUGGUAGAAAAGUUAAUAACAUGUUGAUUGAUCUAGCUCAUAAAGGUGAUGGCUUAAGUAAUAUUCCUGAAAAUUUUCACAAUGCUUACAUAUAUCAUACGCAAGAUUAUACCUUUCUUAAUCCUGCUUUUCAGGCUUAUUUUGAUUGUUUGUGUGAUUCUUUAAAAAAUGAUUUAAAAGUUCACGGAUUAUCAGCUGUAUCUUGGGCAUUUCAUAAUGGUCAUGUAAAAAAUCUUAAUGGUGAAAUAGAAAUAUGGAAACCAGAAGAACAAGUAUACUCAAUAUCGUCAAAAUUAAGUUCGUAUUUUGUUUCUCAUGGUUAUAAGAGUUUGUAUAAUAUAUUUCGUAAACGUGAUUAUCAAGUCUCAAUAGAUUGGAAUAAUGCCAAAGAAAUUUGGAAAUUUUCUUUAAAUCAUCAAUUUGUUAAUUAUAAUACUGCUGAAGAUAUUAUUUGUAAUAUUCAUAAUGAAGAUGAAAAAAAGAACGAAUUAAAUAUCAUUAAAGAUGUUGCAAACGAACAUCAACAAAAUGGGCAAGAGCAUAUUUGGAUACCUGAAAAAUCAAAAAUUUAAAGAAUAUGUUAUAUAUUUUUCUUAAUUUUUAAGUCACCUUUAUAUAAGUAUUUAUUUAUUUUAUAUAUUUCCUCUUUUUAAACAAAUUAUUUAAAUUAAUUUAUUCCAAUAUAUAUAUGUAAGUAAUAUUAUACAAUAAAAUAAAUCUUUCUAAAGAGAUUAAUAGAAUCUUUUGUUUUUUUUAAAUAUGCUAACAAAGUCUAUGUCAUUCAUUAACCGAUUUAUUUAGAGCAAAAUGGAAAAAAAGAAAUCUGUUACUAUUUUGAGUUUUAUAAAACAUGUGAUACCUUUUCAAUGUCCAAAAGAAUUCUACAAUAAA